UUUGUGCCUUAUAGGAGCUCCCCAAGGCAAAGUGUCUUAGAAUCAGAGUGACAGGAUGGCCCAGUGGUUAGAGCACUAACUAGGACUUGACAGACUCUGUCUUUGCUGGUCCCUUGUAAGCCAAUGACUUGUUUGAACAUGACUCUGUCUUAGGUCCUUAUCUGGCCCCUUUCACUACAGCAACUGACCAUCCCAAUCUUCAAUAUAUUUACCCUCCCAACCCCCCUGUUAAGCAGGGCAGGGCUAGGAGCCCCCUGGGAGCAGAGAACCAGAGAUGCCCGUGGUCACACGGGAAGUGUGUAGCACAGCUGGGAACUGAACCCAGGUCUCACAAGGCCUAGUGCACUAACCACUGGACCGUGCUGCCUUUCUGUCUUAGUUGCCCAGGAGCUUUGGAAAAUCCCACCAAGCGCGUCUUCAGUGCCUGGUACCUUUACAAAUCUGACCCUCCUUCGAUACUAGGUGGUUCUGGUCCCUGGAACACAGUGGGAGCUGCGCAAUUGUUCUGCUUUAGUCUUAGCUCGGCCUCUGAAAUCUUUCUUUUCGGUCACUUUUUGGGUUUGCUGAUACAUGGCCUGGCUUUUGAGCCUUUCUCCCCAAAGUUCAGGGUGAUGUCACCAUUGCUGGUGCAUGGCUAACCUUGCGGGCUCAGGGAUGUGCACCCGGAGCCAGAAUGUGAACCCCUGCCUCAUGUUGGUGAGUGUUUCCUCGUAUCAGGAGCACCCUCCGGCCCUAGGAGGAUGAUGGGGCUACAUGCUUGUGCCCUUUAAGGCUGCACCCUUAACUCAGCCCCUUGAGUGUGCCUGCUUCAUUUCAGUGCAGGGGUUCUUCAGAGCCAGGACCUGUGUCUCUGGGGACACAAUGCACUGGGAGAGCCCUGCUGAGAUGCCUUCUCGGCCUCUGGAGCGGGUUUGUUUGCACACGGCAUCUAUAGCAACGAGCUGUGCUGGCCAGCUACUGCUUUCCUGCUCUCUGAAGGGUUGCUCCCAUCCAGCCCUCACUGGCAAGCUCCUUCCAGACGGGGGCUGCAUCUUCACCAUGCAUUUGGGGGCAGCUGAGGCCUGGGGGGAGACUCCGCCACGGGUGCAGAUCAUCCAACAGCCGAUUCCCCAACAGGCGAUGACAGUAUUUCAACAGAUCCCUGGGAUCCUGUCUCCUUUCACUCAGCCCAUAAGGCCAGGACACAUCCGAGAAGAUCUGAUAGAGUUCAUGAUGAUACAAAAUGCCCAGAUGCAUCAGGUGAUCAUGAACAACAUAACGAUGGCCGCACUGACAUCCUUUGGAUUCAGCCCAGCUCCCGCUGCUGCCCAGGUGAACCUGGUCCCUCUGCACACUGAAGAUGAAGAAGCAGAUCUGGUAUUUCACCACCACUAUGCACCAUACCCCAGCGCCACUCCCAGCCCCCCAUGGCAGCCCCUGGCACAGCCUCCAGCAUGGGCACAGGAGCCCCCUAGCAUACGCCAUGUCGGCCUGGACCCACACCCAGCCCCAGCAGGCAGGACUUGGGAGGACAAAGUGGUCCCUCCACCCCCGCCACCCAGCGCCACGGGGACGGUGGGAGCCGACGUCCCACCGGCCACUGAGUAUUACGACUACACCCAGGGCAAGCUGUGAGCCUGGCUCUGUGCCUCCUGGAAGCUCUCCUCUUCGCCUGCACCCUUGUCCCUGCCUGGCUCCAGGGAUCCCUGCUGCAGCAGGUGUGCCCCCAGCCCAGCGAAGCUGGUGCAUUGGGCCCUGGCCGACCACUCUGUCCUUUGUCCCCCCUCAUUACCUGGACUAGCUCUGGCAGCGACGGGCUGCCAUCUGAUGUGUCCUCUCCCUUCUGCUGCUGCCAUGGAAGGGACCUCGAGGUUCCCAGGGAAGUGGACAGUCCUGGUGUCCCGGGCCUGGGUCUCCCAGGAUGGGCAGGGCUGGUGCCUGGUUGUCAGCUAUGUCUUGGCCACCUUGGCCUGCACCAUCCUUAUGUGACAGCCAUGCUCUUGGCCCACACACCGGGGAUUGAACUGGCGCCCUCCCAAGCUAGCUGUGAGUGCCUGGAGUUGGGAGACGUGACAGCUGUGGAUAGGGCUGAGGGGGAGCUGACAUACGCUCACCAGUGGGUUACACACGCACCACUGGUAUCUCCAGGGUAUGAGGGAAUGAGCCAGCUGCUGGGCCUCUGGAUCGCAUUGAGAUGAGCAGGAAGGCACAGGGCAGCGUCUGGCCAGCAGAGGGGCAGGUGUCACGAACUCACAGGACUCGUGCUCUCUCCCGGCUCUGUACGGUCCCUGGGAGGAACCCCGCUUGAUGUGACAGCCAUUCUCGGGGGUCCACUCUCUCUCGGGGGUCAAGCCAUAGGUCCCUCCGCCUCCUGGAACCUACCUCUCUGAGCCUUAGCACGCCUGUCUCUGCCAUGGGCUCCCCAGGGGGUCCACUCACUCUGGACCCUUGGGUCCUCCACGCCCAGAGGGAAUAAUGCCACCCUGUUCUCUAGACCGGAGCGACUCUCAGCCAGCGUUAAACAGGAGGGUUUAUUGAGUGUCUGAACACAGCACAGGAAACUCUCAGGGCCUCAGGCCUGGCCUCCCUCAGCACAGGACAUCUAGGUUUCUGCAGCUCCAGAUGGGCUCUGCUUGCUCUCCCUUCCCAGCCCAAAGACCUCCUGCUUCCAGCUGGGCAUCUGAUAUCACUGUCCCGCAAGUCCAGCCUCUGUCCUUUGUUUUCUGUCCUAGGUAAACAAGCCUCCCUGGGCCUCCUCUCCUCUCAUCCAUCCUUUGUUUCCCCUCUGGCUGGAACCGGCUGGUCAGGUCACCAGGGUCCUCUCUUCACAGCCCAUUGUCCUCCCACUGGCCAGAACUGGCUGUGACUCCUGAGCUGGGCCUCCCAGUCACCAGGUCACCAGUUGCUGGGGUACCCAUUCUCCAGGCCGGUCACCAGGUCACCAGUUGUUGGGGUACCCAUUCUCCAGGCCGGUCACCAGGUCACCAGUCGCUGGGGUAUCCAUUCUCCAGGCUGUUCGCUGGCCCUCUGUAACAACAAACUCCCUCUCCCACCACCUUGUUAAACCAGUAACACUCAGGGAAACUGAGUCCCAUGCCCUCUAUAUGCAAACCAUUGAACUCAACAAGAAACCCCCCUGCUUCAUCACAGCAGGCUGUGACCCAGAGUGAGCAGAAGGAGACAGGAGAGAGAGGGCAGGGUGGAGGCUGCGGCUGGCCGAGCCCAGCAGAGCGAUGGCCAGGAGGAGCAGCGCUUGGGGGCUGGGGCAGAACAGGAGGCAGAGCAGCCCAGUGAGGAUCACAGAAUAUCAGGGUUGGACGGGAGCUCAGGAGGUUCUAGUCCAACCCCCUGCUCAAAGCAAGACCAAUCCCCAACUAAAUCAUCCCAGCCAGGGCUUUGUCAAGCCUG